CCAUUAUAACGGUGGAAUCCUAUUUGUGUGUGUGCAUGCGAGUCUUCCUGGAAGACUGUAAGGAGAUGGAAUGACAGCUGUAACCUUAAUCAUUUUUUUUCGAACGAGCUGGCUGUCACAUAAGAAAAAUUGUCCCGUUGCGUUGAAUGGCAUGGCGGUGUGACGGCGCAAUUGAUGAGCGGUGCACGGUGCAAUAUAUUGUCGGCAUGGUAACGGCUGUGAAGUGGCUCGUUGGCAAGCUGAUGUCGCCCUUGUGGAGGAGAGCGGAAGACGACGACGUUGGAUUUUACGUGACUGACGCGGAGGAGAUCCGGCACGUGCAGGGCGGGGUGGUCACGCGCCUCUGCCAGGACUACGGACUCAUCGACGACGGCGUCUACUUCACCGGCGAGGAGGUGAUGGGCGGGGUCCCCCUGCGCGUGGGCGACGGCGUCACCGCCCUGGCAGUGCGGGGGGGUCCCCACGGGGGAUGGAGGGCACUCAGGGUGGAGCUGUUGACCGACGCCUGGGAGGAAGGUGGUGGCACGUCCUUGGAAUCGGAGAUGAGUCGGCUCAGGCCUCUCACCGGCACGGUGACGUCAUGCGACCGGGACGGGGGCUUCAUCAACCAGACCACCUUUUUCCCCCGACAGGCCCUGUGCGAAGGUUAUGAGCCCAUGAAGGGGGACUGGGUCCAGGCCCAGUACUUCAUCAGUCCCACUGAGUGGAGCAGCCAGGCCCACUCUGUCGCACCGCUACGCUAUCGCCGCAUGGAUAAUGUGCGCGUGUCCAGUGUGUUUGGCUGCAGUGGGGUGGUGGAGGACAGUGUGUUCUUCAGUCUGGACUCUGUGCUCCUCCCCGGUCAGUACCGGCCCAGCCCUGGAGACCUGGUGAACGUGGUGGUGCUGGAGAGCAGCCAGUCCUUCUACUGCUGGCGGGCCCUGUGCAUGGCACCCACUCACCUGAGCGUGGGCGGGGCCAGACCUGGGCUGGACGGCGAGGUGGAGGCCCUGCAGGAGAACAAAGGGGGGCUGCUGGUCAGCCAGGAGACCGCUUUUGGCAUGCUGAUGCUGGGAGAAUGCCGGGAACUGGUGGUCUGGAUAGAGAACCAGGGCCCGGACGUGCAGACGCUGCAGAGCUGCGAGCUCGCCGGCUGGGACUCGGAGGGCCAGUUCAGCCUGGGUCCCGUGGCCCGCCUCGCCCCGGCCGACGCCCGCUCCAGGGCGGGGCCGAGGAGGCGGAGCCCGGGCGCCGCCGCCGUCAUAACCCGGGCCCUGUGGGAGGGGGCCCCGCUGCCCCCGCUGACCCGCUCGCCCUACGGGGCUCUGGCGGGCCUCUCAGCCACGCCCCCCGACGGGACGGGGGACGGCGGGGGCCCCGGGGGAGAGGCCCCCGGGAAGGGACCGCUGACGGCGGACCCCGUGGGGGCGGAGGACAGGAACGCGCCCAUCGCUCCAGGAGAGAGGCUGCCCGUCACCGUCAGCUGCAGGGCCAAGAACCUGGGGCGCUGCGCCGAGAUGCUGCUGCUGCACUUCCCCCUGUUCACCAUCGGGAGGCGCCUGGAGGUGACGGUGCACAGCGCGGAGGAGCGGCUCCUGCAGCCCAGCGCCCCCUACAGCCCGGCGCUGCCCGUGCCCCGGCCGGACGGCCCCCGUCAGGUGGUCACCGUGCUGCCCCCGCCUCCGCCCAUACGGCUGCUGAGGCGCCACCUGCCCAAUUUUUUGGGCAACUACCCCGUGCCCCAGGCCCUGCGGGACUGCGUGGAGCAGCAGGCCGACGUGCUGGUGGCCCAGCCCAAGCUGGCGGAGGCCCUGACCCCAGCCUCGGCGCCGGGCCGCUUCUCGGCGCUGCUCUGGCUGGAGGAGCUGCACGCGGAGCAGGAGCUGCGGGAGUUCAGCCUCAGCGCCGCCCUCCUCAGGAAGGGGGCGCACUACCUGCACCUGGAGGUGCCGGGCGUGGCCGAGGGCCGGCCCAGCGUCUUCAUAGGUGACCGUGUCGUUCUGAAGAAGCCGCUGAGCGGUGGGUUGGUGAUGGAGUACAUCAGCUACGUGGUGGAGAUCAACGACGAGGACCUGAGCUUGCGGGUGAACGCCGACUUCCAGCACGGCUACCUGGGAGAGCCUCUGGACGUGGAGUUCACCUUCAACAGGUUGACAAUGCGCCGGUGUCACUGCGCCUUGGACCAGAUCCGCCAUUUUGGGGAGAACGUGCUCUUCCCCAGCCAGGUGGCCCUGCAGGAGCCCCUCUGGAGCGGAGAGUGGGCUGACGAGGACCAGGAGGGGGACCAGGUCCCAGAGGAGGAGGAGGGGGAGGAGGAGGGAGAAGGCCGCUGCUCCCCCAGAACCCGCGGCGAGAACAUCCUGAGCGUGUGCGUGGGCAUGGUUUCCGUGGCGACUCAGACGAACCCAGACGCCACGGUCCCGCCCCGGCCCGUCCCGAAGCCGGGGCGGUUCUUCAUCCCCGGGCUGAACCCCGCCCAGAGGGAAGCCGUCAAACGCAUCCUUGCGGCCGAGUCCCGCCCCUCCCCCUACAUCCUCUUCGGGCCGCCCGGCACCGGCAAGACCAUCACCCUCAUCGAGACCAUCCUGCAGGUGUACCACCGGGUCCCCAGCAGCCGCCUGCUGGUCUGCACCCCCUCCAACAGCGCGGCCGACCUCAUCUGCCUGCGUCUGCACCACAGCGGCUUCCUGCGCGACGCCAGCCUGGUGCGCGUCAACGCCACCUGCAGGCAGGAGGAGUCCGUCCAGGAGGUGCUGCGGCAGUACUGCCGGGCGGGAGAAGACAUCCGCCACGCCUCCUUCCACCGGAUCGUGGUCAGCACCUGCUCCAGCGCCGGCAUGUUCUACCAAAUCGGCCUCCGUGUGGGUCAUUUCACUCAUGUAUUUAUAGAUGAGGCCGGUCAGGCCACUGAGCCAGAGACUCUGAUUCCCCUGGGGCUGCUGUCUGAGAGAGACGGCCAGAUGGUUCUGGCCGGUGACUCCCGGCAGCUGGGCCCGGUGGUGAAGUCCCGCCUGGCCUCUGUGUUCGGCCUGGGGGUGUCCCUGAUGGAGAGGCUAAUGGCCACCCCCCUGUACUCCCCCGGGGAAGGGGGCUACAACCCCUUACUGGUGACCAAGCUGGUGUGUAACUACCGCUCCCAUGAGUCUCUGCUGGCGCUGCCGUCGCGGCUGUUCUACAGCGGCGAGCUGUGCGUCCGCGCCCAGCGGGCGGUGGUGGAGUCGCUGUGCCACUGGAGCCGUCUGCCCACCAAGGGCUUCCCCCUCCUCUUCCACGGGGUCCGGGGCACUGAGAUGCGAGAGGCCAACAACCCCUCCUGGUUUAACCCCGGGGAGGCCGUGCAGGUAAUGCUGUACUGCUGCCAGCUGGCCAAGAGGCUCUACAAGCCCAUCGCUGCCACUCAGAUUGGAGUCAUCGCCCCCUACAGGAAGCAGGUGGAGAAGAUCAGAGUGCUGCUGAGCAGGGUGGGGCUGGCGGAGAUCAAGGUGGGCUCAGUGGAGGAGUUCCAGGGACAGGAGUUCCUGGUCAUCAUUUUGUCCACGGUGAGGUCCAACGAGGUUGCCGCGACGGAGGACAAGCAGUACGUCCUGGGCUUCCUGUCCAAUCCCAAGCGCUUCAACGUGGCCAUCACCCGCCCCAAGGCCCUGCUCAUCGUCGUGGGCAACCCGCACGUCCUCAUCAAGGACCCCUGUUUCAGCGCCCUCCUGCAGUACUGCUUCGAGAACGGGGCGUUCCUGGGCUGCGACCCCCCCGCCUCGCUCCACGCGACCCGCCCGUCCGGCCCAGACCGCCCCGACGAGAGCGAGAGCGCCGCGGCGGGUAGCGGGUCAGAGGUCGCGGAACCCGCCGCGGGACAGCGGUGAAAGAACUUGAGCGGCGUCCCGGAGGAGGAGGGGGGCGAGGAUGGAGGGGAUUUUUCGGAAGAACAUUUCACAGCGGCCUUCGCAGUCUCCUUUCUCUCUCUCUCCCUCUCUCUCUCUCUCUCUCUCUCUCUGCAGACCCUCGACAGAACCAGGAGACUGAAAAUAACGCCCAAAUGUCGCAGGGCACCGUCCCCCUCCGCCCGCGCACCUCCGCCCGCGCCUCCUUUGGCCGCUUCUUUGUACUUUGUGUUGAAAUAAAGACUGCGAGCACGUUAUCUCAA